GAAGGCGGGGAGACAAAAAAGUCGGACAACUGUAAUUCAGCGUCGUCCUUGUUGUUCUAAGUUACAUACCAUCAAAGCCAAUUAUACAUCCAAAUGAAACCCACUGCUGGAGGAUAAGAUGUCUCAUCACACCGGGCAGCAGAAGAGCCAGCUGUCAUCAAUCAACACCUUACUGCCUGACUUGUAUAAAAGAUGCUUUCUGUGUCACAGUGUGGAGCUGUUGUCUCAACUCACAGGAAGUGCAGAGGACUGACUGAAGUAUUUAUCUCAGCCCGGGUUUAAGAUGUCCGGCCGUGGAAAGAAAGCUGUGCCCAAACCAAAAUCUUCAGUUUCCCGCUCCUCCAGAGCAGGGAUCACUUUCCCAGUGGGCCGCAUCCACAGGCUGCUCAGGAAAGGCAACUACGCCCAGCGAGUUGGCAAUGGCUCUGCGGUGUACCUCGCAGCCGUCCUGGAGUACCUCUGCGCCGAAAUCCUGGAGCUGGCAGGAAAUGCAAGCCGCGACAACAAGAAGCACCGCAUCGCUCCUCGCCACAUCUUGUUGGCAGUGAAGAACGACGAGGAGCUCAACAAACUGCUGGCAGGGGUCACGAUCUCAGAGGGUGGUGUCAUCCCAAACAUCCAGGCAAGCCUUCUCCCCAAGAAGACCAAGGUGUCAAAGGAUGACAGCACUGCCAAAGAUGUCCAGUCUCAAGAAUUUUAAUUGUGAAAUGUACAAAGUCUUGCAAAUUUUAUCAUUAAAAAUUAUUAUGUGUUUUUAA